AUGCUGACUGCGGAGAUGCUCUCUGGGCUUUCUCACAUCAUCUCUUGGGGCGCCACCUGGGAUUACAAGCUCCAAGGUGGCCCCAGCCUGGAUGUGUGGAACGCAGCGGGUAUCGAGUUCUACCCAAUGAUCUGGGGCGAUGGCACCAUUGCUGCUGCGGAGGCGAACGGCAUACCGGAGGGCAGCCGGGCUUUGCUCGGCUUCAACGAGCCGAACUUCCCCGAGCAGGCCAAUCUCCAUCCGUACUGGGCUGCAUACUACUGGAAGGAUGUGGAGAGGAUCGCGGAAUUGAACAACAUUACCACGAUUGUCUCGCCAUCCAUGAACUACCACUGGUCCUUCGAUCCGAUCGACUGGCUCUACCAAUUCUUCUACCACUGCGAGGGCUGCAAGGUUGAUGCGAUCGGCCUCCACGUCUUCAGCUGCUAUGCGAACGGCUUGAAGUAUCACCUGGACCGGUACCGAGUGUUUGGCAAGCCGAUGUGGGUCACGGAGAUUGCUUGCUCUGACCCGCACUCCCCGGAGCGGCUGUCGGCAGAGGGCCAAAUGGCUUACAUGAGGGAGGCGAUCCCUCUCCUCGAAGCUGAUGAAGACGUAGAGAUGUAUGCUUGGUUCAGCUACUUCAAGGAUGAGUGGGACCAUCCGAUCGUGGAUGGAGAGAACGGCGAUGCUGGCCUCAUCCACCCGAACGGCACCCUGACAAACCUGGGGAAGUUGUUCGAAACGUUUGCCGCCGGAUCCAACUUGACGGAGAUCAACAUUACGGUCCCCGAGUGGAAGAACGAGACAAACGAGACGAGCUCCACUACGACAACGGAAAGUGAGACCCUCACGACUACCAAGUCUGCAACCACGAGCGUGUCCGAGACUGCGACAUCUUCGACAACAGGAUCGGAGACGUGGUCGAGCACCCUCACAGAGUCGACCACGACCGUGACAAGCUCGUUGACAGCAACUGGCACGGAUACAUCUACUCGGACGGGAAGCACGACCACGGUGUCCUCGUCGAAGACCGACACAACAACCCACUCAGACACUAGCACUUCGGCAACAACAACGCGCAGCUCAAGCAGCAGCUCGACACAAAGUUCGAGCGCAACAUCGAGCACGGCCACAAGCAGUACGAAAACGUGGUCGGGCGAAACUUCGUCAACCACUGUUGUGACAGUCACGGACACAUCUGUAACUGCUACUGCUACUGUCACCAGCACAGUGAGCGCGACAGAGACUUCGGUAACCGACACCGCAACCGCUACCAGCACUGGCAGCACCACGCUGAGUGUCACCAACCCACCCGAAGUGGCGACCACAGCCAUGAGCACUACUGCGACCACAACUGCAACACUGGCAGUAGCCACAGCGACCGGUACUACCACUCUCAGCAGCACGGAGUGGGCAAUGCCAGCGUCGACCAAGACGCUGACCACCACCAGGACGCUUUCGGCCACGGUGACAACGACCUGGUCCACCAGCGCCACCAGGACCACUAAGAUGGUGGAGGCACCGAUCACAACCGUGGCCGAAGCGACUACUGUCACAGGCACCGCAACUUGGACCGGCACAAGCACUACCGACAACCUGGACAGUGCCAACACCACCACAGAGCAUGCGCACACGAACUACACCAGCUCCCGUCACCUCACGGGCACGGCCCCGAGUACGACCAUGACUCAGGGCGGUGAGUCCACAACGUACACUUUGGACGAGGAGGACAACACUACCAAUGACACCGAGCUCACCUGUGGGGAGGCAGUGGAAGCUUGGUGUCAGUCCGAUCCAGAGGCUGCACCUUUCUUCCCGCUCAGACACUGCUCUGAUUGGCGUCUCCACGAUGCCAUGUGCACUUCUCCUGUGGGCGGUGGCCAGGCCGCUCCCCAAUUCAGUGCUGGCACCACGCUCCAAGAAGGCUCCCCUUUGUCGGUGCUCUUCUUGAUCAUGGCCGUGAUCGGUGCAGCCAUGGCAUCCGCGGCGCUCACUUCGGCAUUCCACAGGCAGCGCUGCCUUUGGCUUCGCUUCCUUUGCUGCUGCCAGAAGCGACGGGAGGACGAGGAGCAAGAGGACCUGAAGCGCGCUGUCUCCGAGAAAGACUGGCCCGGCCGGUGUUUGAAUGUCAUGGGGAAGAAUGCCAGUGUGGCACCAGCCCCUGAGGGCGGCGUGUUGCUCCCGGUCGAGGCUUUGGCACGCCGUGUGGGCUCGUCGCCCAUGGCGGGCUGCGAGGGCUCCCCAGUCAGAGGAACAUUCAGCAAGGGCGCCAACAACCUGUCUGAAGUGGCCGUGGGCACACCCGUUGGCACCACGCCUGCUUCACGAGCGGCUGCGCUUCACACGCUGCAAGAGGCUAUGGCAAUGGCAACAGCUGAAGAUGCUACAUGGGACGAGAAGCAGGUUGCCCUGGAUCAGGUUGGCCGCCUCCUCGCCGGUGGCGCCACCGCGAACCUGCCGAUGACGUUGCGACAGGAAGCCGAAGCCUGGCAGUGCCGACAAGAUGAGAGGUUGCGCCUCGCGCGAUCUUUGGAAGCAGCAGCUGAGAAAGCGGCGGCGCUGGAGGAUGGCGCUCGCGAGGCGAUGGGCGAGGACGGCACGACGAGCGACGACAACCCUCUGCGAGAGCUGAUGGCCCGUGCCAAGCUCUCCGUAGAUGCUGGCGAUCGGGAGGCGAUGCUGGCUGAGGCAGCUCGGCGCGCUAGCACGUUCCAGGAAGAACUGGAUGCCCAAAGGCUGCGGCUACAGGCUCGUCGAAAGCAAUCCGAUGCAGACUCGUCGCUGCUGACUGCUGGAGCACUGCUGGAGGAGCGUGACGCGCUCGCUGGGCUCAAGGACAAGGUGGCUGCGGAGUUUGCCGCCCUCCCGGGUCUGCGCGAGGACGGUGCCGGCGACGAAGCCUGGGAUUCGGCCUGCGAUGCCUUGGAGGAAGCAUGGAAGCAUCUCUCAGCAGACGUGCAGUCGGCAACGCAGGAGGCUCAGUCAGCUUUGACCGCAACAUUGGGCGGUAGCAAAGUCGCCAAGUCGCUGGAAGACACGGAUGCCGAGCGCCGGGCUGCACUGGCAGAGGCAGCUCGCCGUGCUGCAGCCUUCGAUGAGGAACUUCAGAAGCAGAAGCAGAAGUUGCAGAAGAGGGCCAAGGGCAAAGGGAGCCAAGCCGCCGCCCUGGAGCUUGGAAGGCUCCUCGAGGACAAGGAGGCGUACGAGGCCCUCGAGUCUGAGAGAGCUGCUGCCCUGGAAGAGUGCCAGAAGUUCAUGGCGGAGGGCAAGAUGAGUGAGAGCGAGGCUAACGACUGGGCUCAGCUUGUCGAGGCCCUGGAUGCCGCCAAAGCGGAUUUGGCUGAGCUCGCUCCGGAGACGAGUGCCGAGGCGCUUCCCAAGUCCAGCACUUGGGCCGCCAUCGCCGCGAAGGUGAAGACCGGAAAGCUCGAGGUUGACAGCCAGGAGCAGAUGGCGAUGUUGGCUGAGGCGACCCGACGUGCUGCAGCCUUUGAUGAGGAGCUUCAGAAGCAGCGAUCGCAGAUGAAGAAGCGAAGGAAGGCUUUGCAGAAGGGCGCAACUCCCGACCAGGUGGACCCCCUCGAGGCGUGCAGGACUCUUGCAGACGAGCAAACUCUAAAGAAGCUGGCGAAGGAGCAGGCCGAAGCCUGUGCGCAGUGUGAGGCUGCAGGGAUUGGGUUCCGCACUUUUUUGCCUCGUGAUGAUUUCAAGGAGCGGCAACUAGCCGAACUCAGGCUGACGGAUCUCAACCCUACGCCAUCACCGAAUGCGCUUGCUUCGGGAUGUCCAUGA